AGAAAAAGAAAAAGAAAAAAAAAAUCUCCCGUACUCCUCCACCACACACAUACCCUUCUCUCUCUCCCGCUGUCUCUCUCUCUCCUCGCGAAUGGAACCGAAUGAAAGUGGACUAAGCUCUUACUACCACCACCAGCACCACCAGCACCACCAACAGCACCACCAGCCUCAGCCACCGCACCACCAGAGCCCCGCCGCCACUUCACCCACCAAUGGAAUCCUUCAAAACGCUGACAACAGAGCCCCUCACAUGGUGUACCCUAACCCCGUUCCAUCGGCUGUCACGCCACCGUUAGAGAGCGUGCGGAGGAAGAGAGGGAGACCUAGAAAGUACGGCACGCCGGAGCAGGCGGCGGCGGCGAAGAGAGCGCCGUCGUCGUCGCAUUUGACGAAGAAGAAGGAACAGCCCUUUGGAGGUGGCGUUGGUGCUUCGUCUCUGUCUUCUCCUUCGAAGAAAUCCCAGUUGGCUGCUCUUGGUAAUGCGGGGCAAGGUUUUACUCCACAUAUUAUUUCUGUAGCUGCUGGUGAAGACACACACCAGAAGAUUAUGUUGUUCAUGCAACAAACCAAGCGUGAGAUCUGUAUUCUGUCUGCAUCUGGUUCCAUCUCUAAUCCGUGUCUGCGCCAGCCAGCAACAUCUGGAGGCAACAUUACAUAUGAGGGACGGUUUGACAUCCUAUCACUUUCUGGAUCUUAUAUCCGUACUGAGCUCGGAGGGAGAACUGGUGGGUUGAGUGUCUGCCUCUCGAGUACUGAUGGCCAUAUCAUUGGGGGUGGUAUUGGUGGACCCUUGAAGGCUGCAGGCCCAGUACAGGUAAUUGUUGGCACCUUUCUUAUUGACACCAAGAAGGAUAUAAUUGCUGAUGCAAAAGGUGUUGGGGCAUCAGUUUCUGGUGUUGGCUUCCAAUCUGCAGUAGAUUCUUCUGGAAGAGUCCCGGUCAGAAGCAGUGAAGAUCAUCAAAGUGUUAGUGGUAGUCAAUUCAUCAUUCAGCCUCGUGAUGUGCAGGUAACAAAUUCACGGGCAACUGACUGGAGGAGCGGAACAGACACUAGAAUCAAUGCUGGUUAUGAAUUUACAGGAAGGGUAGGUCAUGGAGCUCACCAAUCUCCAGAAAAUGGGGACUAUGAUCAUAUUCAAGAUUAGAGAUAAAAGUUGUGUGGACUUUUGAGAUGGAACUUUGGUAUAAUCUGUAACCUGUCCUGUCCUUCCCUGAGAGCUGGUAUGCACUGUAUGAAGUAAUAUUUUGAUGAUAUGCUGUUGUAUAGGUGUUGCCAAACAGUUUCUCUCUUCUCAGCUGCUGUUACUGUUUAUUAGGCACCCUUAUAUCAGUAAGUUAUUUGCCCUAACGAACCCCUCUCUGAAUUCUCUUUUGGCCUUUUUUGGUGCAGCUUCUGGGAUUGCUUAUAGCUCCUCUUGUUUUAUUUUUUAUUGAAAAUUGGUGUUGUCUGGUGCGGUUUUUGCUUAUAAUUUAUCGGACAAAAAUAGUUUUUAGUUUUUGCUUUUAAUUUAUGUUUUUUUAUUAUCAA